AUGAUGAACGGCUCAUCGCAGGCCACCAUCCAAGCCCAGGCAAUACCUCGUCCACGAAAGCGGGCGUCACCUGAAGAGCUGCAUCGACGGAGAUUACAACGCGCGAUUGCGUACCGUGGGGGUUCUGGUGAACGUAUCGGGCGUGCUGGCCAGUGGAUCCUGCACAAUUUCGACAUCUAUAUAUCUUCCUUGGAUACGCGGCCGCACUCUCGACAUCCCGAUAAAGUAGUCCCUGUUCGUGGCCUUACAUACAAUGGGAUCCCUAUCAACGACCAGGGCUUGAUCUGGGCGGGCGAAGGGCCGGUACCCGGCUUCCAGGACGUCGCCUUUUGGGAGGGCAAGCACAAAGAGCUCGAAGAAAAGAUGGAUGAUGUCGACAACAGGCGUGUGCAGCCUCGUUUCACCCCAGAAGAGCUGCGCGUGCUCGAGUCGCUGGAGCAGCAAGAAGGCCACUCGUUCCGUGCGAUCAAGAUUGAAAGGACACUGCGGGCGGAACAAAGCCAUAAUGCAGUUUUCAACUGUCUGUUUGAAUUUGGAGGGCACGGGCGUCCCGGCCAGUGGAUCCUGCACAACGAAGACCUCUAUCAUCCUGUCAUCGACACCCGCCCCCAGACGCGCAAGCCCGGGAAGAGCAUCGUCAUUCACGACUCCGUCUUCGACGGCAACGUGCGAUUCUGGUACAAGGACGGCGAGAUCCCUGUUCACUACGAGCUCUUCUGGGACGGGGCGGGGCAGCAGCCCGACUUCGCCGACGGUGACUACUGGAUCGACAAAGCCAAAGAGCUCGGCUUUCAGGGGGGCAAGCGCGGACUGGUCGAGGACGGGCUUGUGCAGCCGGAGUUCACCCCCGAAGAGCUGCAAGUAUUGGAGGCGCUGGAGCGCCAAGACGGACACUUUUUUGCCGAGAUGGCGCGACACCGAAAGGAGCAUCCCCCCGUGCAGCAAACCCCCGAAUCCCAAGCUGCGGCAAAUCGGCUCCUCGAAGCGAAGGUCAUCGUCCAUGCGUUGCUGUGCCGUCUCUGGGAGUCGUAUGGGCUUGCCGGGAAAUGGGCUCUCCAUACCUAUGACCUGUAUACACCCGACUACGACAUCAGAGACCGGCACACAGACGAAGACGACCCGCAGCGGCAUACUGUUCUUCGCGGGACGGAAGGGCUUUAUUACUACGGCGACAGUGGCCGGCCGCUGCCGGACUUUGACAGCAUGGCUUAUUGGGAAGGCAAGAAGGCGGAGCUGGAAACGAAGAUAAAGGAUAUCGUGGCUGGAAAGGUAAAACACGGAUUUGGGCCCGGCGAGCUGCGGAGAAUACUGCUGCUCGAGAAGGAGCAGGAUGACGCCCUCUCCCUAGGCGCCAGCGGGCCGCAGAAGACCGACAGCAUCAACGCGUGGCUCAGCGGGGCCAGCGAAGCAGAGCCGCCGCCGCCGCCCCCGCCAUUGCGUCGCUCGAGAUCUCCAUCCACUGGUUCCUUGGACCGUGCCCAAAGGGAUCCCCCGCUGCGUGGAGCCGGGAGCACCAGCUCCAGACAAGGCGAAGCCGACAGCUCGGACAGAAAGAGAAAGCGCCCUGCAAACAACGACGAGGGGUUGCCGUCCGGUCACGGACCCAAACGCAGCAGAGAGCAGCCGCCGCCCGAGUCGUCGACAACAAACCAGCAUUACGUCGCUAAGCGAGCGCUGUCGUCGCCACAAUGGAUACGGGGCCAUUCACGAACCGCAGGAACCGCAGGAGCCGCAGGAAUUGCACCAUCGACCUUGAGGCCGGGACCACCAGACUCAGACGUAUGGGCGAAGCUGGCGCGCCACCUGCCCGUAAAACGCGGCUCUUCGUGGUAUGCUCGAGGAGAAUACCCUGCUGCAGAGUCCCAGGCGCGGCAUCCCACGGAAGCAAUGCCUGGUGUCGGCCGGCGUCUGAAGAAACGAGGCACGUCGCCUUCUGAUGCGCCUGUGCGGAGGAGCGCACGGAUAGCAGCACUUCCGCCGAGAACGUACCUGUACAGAUAG